UUCUCUUCUAUCUCUGGCCUCUCCAUGCUUCUCUUCUAUCUAUGGCCUCUCCAUGCUUCUCUUCUAUCUCUAUCCUCUCCAUGCUUCUCUUCUAUCUCUGGCCUCUCCAUGCUUCUCUUCUAUCUCUAUCCUCUCCAUGCUUCUUUUCUAUCUCUGGCCUCUCCAUGCUUCUCUUCUAUCUCUGGCCUCCAUGCUUCUCUUCUAUCUAUGGCCUCUCCCUGCUUCUCUUCUAUCUCUAUCCUCUCCAUGCUUCUCUUCUACCUCUGGCCUCUCCAUGCUUCUCUUCUAUCUCUGGCCUCUCCAUGCUUCUCUUCUAUUUCUAUCCUCUCCAUGCUUCUCUUCUAUCUCUAUCCUCUCCAUGCUUCUCUUCUAUCUCUAUCCUCUCCAUGCUUCUCUUCUAUCUACGGCCUCUCCAUGCUUCUCUUCUAUCUCUGGCCUCUCCAUGCUUCUCUUCUGUCUCUGGCCUCUCCAUGCUUCUCUUCUAUCUCUGGCCUCUCCAUGCUUCUCUUCUAUCUCUGGCCUCUCCAUGCUUCUCUUCUAUCUCUGGCCUCUCCAUGCUUCUCUUCUAUCUCUGGCCUCUCCAUGCUUCUCUUCUAUCUCUGGCCUCUCCAUGCUUCUCUUCUAUUUCUAUCCUCUCCAUGCUUCUCUUCUAUCUCUGGCCUCUCCAUGCUUCUCUUCUAUCUCUGGCCUCUCCAUGCUUCUCUUCUAUCUCUAUCCUCUCCAUGCUUCUCUUCUAUCUCUAUCCUCUCCAUGCUUGUCUUCUUUUGUUACAGCUUCUCCAUGAAGAUUCUCGUUAUCCAGGACCCAUGUCUCCCAGCGAUGAGGUGCCAGCUUCAAUUCGAAGUCUACAAUUCUGAACUUCCGUCUUCACUAAAUACAGCGAUAUCAUUGGUUCAUUUACCCACCCAAAUCCAUUCAAGGGGAUAUAAUAUAUAUAUUGGUUCGUUUAUGCAUUGGAAUCCAUUAUUCUCCACUCGACUCUCAACUGCGCAACAUAAAUCAUCAAUUUGGACACCAGGCAUGUCCAUAUAGCCAAAGAUGAUGGAUAUACUGACCAGCUACAUGUCUCUCCAUCCAAACAAUGGGAGUCGGUGUCCACAAAGCAGCACGGCGUGCUGUCUAGCUCCCGCCUAUCCUUUCUUUGGAUUGGGGGGAUACAUCUCAUUAUUGGGCUCCCGAGUGGUGCAGCGGUCUAAGGCACUGCAUCUCAGUGCUAGAGGUGUCACAACAGACACCCUGGUUCGAAUCCAGGCUGUAUCACAACUGGCACAAUGGCAGUCCCAUAGGGCAGCACAGAAUUAGCCCAGUGUUGUUUGGCCGGCGUAGGCUGUCAUUGUAAAUAAGAUUUUUUUCUUAACUUAUUGCCUGUUAAAUGAAGGUUAAAUACAAAAUGGUGAUCCUUUUUUGAAUAUUCGAUCAGGGUUGUUGACGUCAACCGCCUGUUUUCAAUGGAGAGAGAUGAUAUGCUACUCGCCUCAUCAUGAAUAUGCAUAGCCAUCUCUAGACAACUUUGAUAUAACUUUUUUUCUCAAGGUUGCCGGGAUGUCAAGUAUCCUACUUAUAUCAGUGUACCAGUAACAACUUAAGCAUUACAAAACGUAUAUUAGAUCAAAUAAACCUCACGUAGCAGGUAAGAAAUUCAUUUUUUUGUUGACCAAAUUCGACACUCUCAUUGAACUCCAUCCAAAAACUCCUUGCUUGGUGGGCAAAACAAGGAAAAUACGCCACCUGCUGGAGGGAGACAUAUUUUCUGCUGAGUUGGGCCGGUCUCUUUCUCUCUGGUAUCGUCUCGCCUGAUUUAAAGGGUGUUGUCGUCUCGAACAUCCACUGUUCACUAUUCAAACCCGAUUUAAACGGCCGAUCACUUGCAGAAAGUUCCCGGGGAAAAGAGGAAGAGAAAGUUGAGGAAUUGAUUCGUGUUCAGCUGAACUCUUCGCGAACCAUGGUUGGCCACAUGGACCCAACAGACAGCCAGGGUGAAUAUGUCAAGGUAAGACACAUUUUUUCCCCUUCUCCCUCCUGUCUGUCUAUGCUGGUUCUGCUAGUGUCAGUGGCCCUACUCAGAAGGCUUUAGCAGUCCACACACCAUCUGAGAAAAGGAAGGGAUUGGGAGUUAAAAACCCAUCUAAGCAGUGGUGACCAGUUAGUGAGUGCGGCAAGCAAAGGAAACGCGA